AUGGACCCGCCGAACCUGGGCGCGCUUGACCUCUCCGACUCGGACACGGACGCGUUGUUUGACACGCCUGCGGCACGCAAGACCAAGAAGCAGACAAAAGAUGCGGACAAUGAUGCAGCAAAGACACGGUCAAAGGAGUCGCAUUACACGACAGAAGAGGCGCGCGAAGCAUCAUUGCGCAGGGAAUUGGAGAGCAUACGAAACGUCAACAAGGUCAUCGAGGGCGUGGUAGAAAGCCUGCAAAAGGCCAAGGACAACAUGGCUACUGUAUCGCGCACCGUCCAGAACGCGUCUACCUUGCUCCAAACAUGGACGCGCAUACUUUCCCAAACAGAACAUAAUCAGCGUCUAAUCUUGAACCCGCAAUGGCAGGGUGCGUCACAAGAUUUGGUUGACAUCGAGGAGGAAGAGGUACACCGCCAGCAGGCUGCACAACGUCGGGCGGCAGACGAGCAGGCGCGGAGAGAAGCUGCGGCUAGGAAGAUCGAAGAGGAUCGCAGAAAGGCUGAGGCGGCUCCCAGGGCAGGUACUCGAGGCAGAGGCAGAGGUGUCCGGCCACGCGGUGCUCCGACAUCCUCCACAGGGAACUAUACCGGCGUAGGCGGACAGACCGGACGUGGUGUCAGUCGCAGCGACUCGCGAGGUCGAGCAGGCAGCGGCAUUGGACGAGGGCUCCCACGGGGACGAGAUCGCGCAAUGGAGGUCCCGACAGCAACGUCGCUACGCGACAUCUACCCCGAAGACGCGCUCCCAGUCGAGACAAAGCGAUGGGAGAGCCUACUCGCCAAGUUCAAUGAGCUCUAUGGCAAGCAAGCAGACUUUGUUGCCAGGAGUCCUGGGCGCGUCAAUAUCAUUGGCGAGCACAUCGACUACUCCCUGUACGAGGUUCUGCCCAUGGCCAUUACCGCCGACUUCAUCAUGGCCGUGGCUGUGCGACCAUCUGAAGAGAAGCCGCGCGUACGGAUAGCAAACCUCAACUCCGAGAAAUUCCCCACCCGCGAAUUCGACAUUCCCGAGGGAGAGAUCCCAAUCGAUGCCACCGAGCAUGAGUGGACAAAUUACUUCAAGUCUGGAAUGAAGGGUGUAUCGCAACUACUACAAAAGAAGCGGGGCAAGUUCACAUCCGUGGGCAUGGAUAUUGUAUGCGAUGGCACAGUACCCAGUGGUGGCGGUCUCUCGAGUUCAGCGUCCGUCGUCUGCACAAGCUCUUUGGCUGUGCUGGCUGCAAAUGGUGAGGAGAAGAUUGACAAAACCGAACUGUGCGAGCUUGCUAUUGUAUCUGAGCGCGCAGUCGGUGUUAACUCUGGAGGUAUGGACCAAGCAGCCUCCGUCUUCUCACUCCGCGGCUCGGCCCUAUACGUAUCCUUCAAGCCCAGCCUAAACUACACAAACAUCGAGUUUCCCAAGACCGACCCCGAGCUCGUCUUCGUCACCGCCCAGAGUUUCGUCGCCGCCGACAAGCACGUCACAGCGCCCGUAUGCUACAAUCUGCGCGUCGUAGAAUGCACACUAGCAGCCGUCUUCCUAGCCAAAGCAUUCGGUCUAAAGAAAGAGCUCCCAACAGACUCCUCUCCUCUCGGUGUCAGCCUCCGCGGCUUCCACGACACUUACUUCGAAGACAAAGAGAACGUCUCCGACAACACCAAGAUAUCCGUGUCAGACUUCGAAACGCAACUCACGAAGCUGAUCCAACACACCGAAGACUACCUCCCACAGGAAGAAGGCUACACGCGCGCGCAAAUCAGCGGCCUCCUGGGUAUCUCAGAGGAGGAACUGAACGAACGCUACAUGUCCAAGUUCCCCGUACGCGCCGAGAAAUUCAAGCUCCGCCAGCGCGCCCUACACGUCUUCACAGAAGCCCUCCGCGUGAUUAAAUUCCGAUCGCUCCUCGCAUCUCCCCCAUCAAACGACCGCGCAUACCUCCAGUCCCUCGGCGACCUCAUGAACACGACCCAAGACUCAUGCCGCGAAAUCUACGACUGCAGUUGUCCUGAGCUUGACGAGCUUUGCGAUUUGGCACGUGCCGCUGGGAGUUGUGGCAGCAGGCUCACGGGUGCUGGCUGGGGUGGAUGCAGUGUGCAUUUAAUGCCGAAAGACAAGGUUGAUGCGGUUAAGAAGGCGUGGGUGGAAAAGUACUAUAAGAAGAGGUUUCCGGAUAUCAGCGAGGAGAAGUUGAAGGGGGCGAUUGUUGUUAGUGAACCCGGGAGUGGGUCUGUGUUGUAUAAGGUCAAGAAUGGGAAACUUGCGUAG